AUGAAGCCUCCGCCUUCUCGGGCAGGAGCCUUUAAAUACGGGCCCAGGCCCGGGACUUUCGUUGCAGGAAGAGGAGACCUGGCGGAGCGGCUGCAGUGCGGCCCGGAGGGAGGAGCUGUCCGAGCCGUGGGGACCGCCGGAGUGGAAGCCGCGCUCGGUGCUUGGAACGCAGUCAUGUUUGAAAUUAAGAAGAUCUGUUGCAUCGGUGCUGGCUACGUCGGAGGACCCACAUGCAGUGUCAUAGCUCAGAUGUGCCCUGAGAUCAGGGUGACGGUUGUUGACGUCAAUGAAUCAAGAAUCAAUGCAUGGAACUCCCCUACGCUCCCUAUUUAUGAGCCAGGACUAAAAGAAGUGGUAGAAGCCUGUCGAGGGAAAAAUCUAUUUUUUUCUACCAAUAUUGAUGAUGCCAUUAAAGAAGCCGAUCUUGUAUUUAUUUCUGUGAACACUCCGACAAAAACCUUCGGAAUGGGGAAGGGCCGUGCAGCAGAUCUGAAGUACAUUGAAGCCUGUGCUAGACGCAUUGUACAAAACUCACACGGGUACAAAAUUGUGACCGAGAAAAGCACGGUUCCUGUGAGGGCAGCAGAAAGUAUUCGUCAAAUAUUUGAUGCAAACACAAAACCCAACCUGAACCUACAGGUUCUGUCCAACCCUGAGUUCUUGGCAGAAGGCACGGCCAUCAAGGACCUGAAGAACCCAGACCGAGUACUGAUCGGAGGGGAUGAAACCCCUGAGGGCCAGAGGGCCGUGCAGGCGCUGUGCGCUGUGUAUCAGCACUGGGUUCCGAAAGAACGGAUCCUCACCACUAACACUUGGUCUUCAGAACUUUCCAAACUGGCAGCAAAUGCUUUUCUUGCCCAGAGAAUCAGCAGCAUUAACUCUAUAAGUGCCCUUUGCGAAGCAACAGGAGCUGACGUAGAAGAGGUGGCGACAGCCAUUGGGAUGGACCAGAGAAUCGGAAAUAAGUUUCUGAAAGCCAGUGUUGGCUUUGGCGGGAGCUGCUUUCAGAAGGAUGUUCUGAAUUUGGUUUAUCUUUGUGAGGCUCUGAAUCUGCCUGAAGUAGCUCAUUAUUGGCAACAGGUCAUAGAUAUAAAUGACUACCAGAGAAGGAGAUUUGCUUCCCGGAUUAUAGAUGGUCUGUUCAAUACAGUGACUGAUAAGAAGAUAGCUAUUUUGGGGUUUGCAUUCAAAAAGGACACUGGUGAUACAAGAGAAUCUUCUAGUAUAUAUAUUAGCAAAUAUUUGAUGGAUGAAGGUGCCCACCUCCAUAUAUAUGACCCAAAAGUGCCAAGGGAACAAAUAGUUGUGGAUCUGUCUCAUCCAGGAGUUUCAGAGGAUGACCAAGUGUCCCAGCUUGUGACCAUUUCUAAGGAUCCAUACGAAGCAUGCGAUGGUGCCCACGCUGUUGUUAUUUGCACCGAGUGGGACAUGUUUAAGGAGUUAGAUUAUGAACGCAUUCACAAGAAGAUGCUGAAGCCAGCCUUCAUCUUCGACGGACGGCGGGUCCUGGAUGGGCUCCACCAAGAACUGCAAACCAUCGGCUUCCAGAUUGAAACAAUUGGGAAAAAGGUGUCUUCAAAGAGGUUUCCAUAUGCUCCUUCUGGUGAAAUCCCAAAGUUUAGUCUUCAGGAUCCACCGAACAAGAAACCCAGAGUCUAA